AUCUAUGUAGCGUUUUGAUUAGUGUUCUUUGCAAUCCAUGACGUUACUUAGUCCAUAGUAUUUAUUGUUUAUCUGUUAUCUGGAAAGCGGUCGUGAAGAAGAUACAAGAUCGACUCCAGUCUAAAUGCAAGCCAACCUACUUAACAUCAAUCAAUUCAAUUUAGAGAUCAUACAACGGAUUACAAAUAAUAAUCUGAAUAAUAACAAGAAGACACCACACUUCCCGCCCCAAAGGCGUUCGUCAUGAGAAGAUGCUGAGAUUGUAAUUGCCCCAAUAGAAAAAAAAAAUGAACACGAAUAGAUAGAUCUCUGAUUUGAGCACUACAAAAUGGUUGUAGAGAUUAUUUAAAAGUGACUUUUCAAUAGAGCUCACCAGCCUCAUGCCAUUUUCUGUACUCUUGAUUUUCUGUUGCCAAUAGCAACUCUUCGGAGAAUCCGGUGCGUGGUGAUCGAAAAUCUAAAUAAUCCCAGAUAAAUUUGAAGAAUAUCUUGAAACGUUAAAGUACGCCAAAUGGAUUUAUCUGAGCGAGGAAAACAAUGAGAAAAGAGCAUGGUAACAGGUGGUUUUCGGACGACAUCAGUAAUUUAGUGGAGUAUCUAUCGCGAAAAAUAGUGUAAAGUGUAUCUUGUGAAAAGUAUCUAUGCAUCAUAUUAAACUCGUGAAUGUAAUCGUGUUGUUUUUUCACGUUUCCUUCUGUUUUUUCUUUUUUUUCUUCAAAAAGAUUCAAAGAGAAAGGAACUGAGAGAGAAUGUGUGUGAUCCAUGAAUUUUACAUAUGUGUCGUUAGAUUAUACGCUUAUCAUUCUUGACUACCUUUUACCUGGACAGUGUUUUUCGCGGUGUACAAGAAUAAUAACACGAAAAAGACAGAUACAAAUCAGAUAAAACCAAGUGUUGACGGUUUCCUUACUCUGGUUUUUCGAUAUAUCUUGUGCGGUAAAUGCUUUUCAAAGAUAUAGACAAUAUGAAAGCAUGAACAAAAGGGCAUAAAGUCCACUGGCGAAAUGUUAACUACGAAUGUGACUAUUUUAUCUAUAAAUCUUGUUGACUUUUUACAAACUUAACCGAUUCCAAUGGAAAAUUCAUCAGGAAAAGUAUAAAUAAAAAAAAAACCCCCAAAUAAAUACGUAGUGAGAGGAGCAAGGGAAAGACGCAAAUGUUCAAACAUUUUUAUUAGAAUGACAAAUUGUAUGAUAUGCUGUAUUGUAAUCAAGAUGUUGGCUAUCAUAUGUGGAAAUGGAAUUUCUAACUGAUACACUGUUUACGGAAUUCGGUCGAUCAGAUUACAUUGGUGGUAUUGACAAUGAGGCUCUUGAUUUCGGUCAACUUGACCAAUUCAUACAUGUCACAACCAAUGAUGAAUCGCAAACACCUAGCGAUAGUAUUGUUCCGAAUUCGACCGCAGGAAUUCAAAACGGAAAUAGCGGAAAUGGGCAAAAUACAGGUGGAUCGGUAGGUGCAAUCAACAACUGUUCCACGUUCACAUCAUCAGCUACAACAGCAGUUACAAUAAACAAUGUAACAACUGCUUCAACAUCACAAACACAUUUGCCUGAAAGUCCGCCAGAUUCUGGCUCGGAACCGCCAUACAGUCCAACUGACCUUCAAGGUUUAACAAUAGUAGGACCAGCCUCAGCAGGAACAUCUUCACUACACCAACGUAAUGGACAUCAUCAUGGUCAGCAGCAACAAUCGCCUGGACUAUCGUCUGCAAAUGUGGAAUCACUCACCGAAUUAUCACAAGCAACAAUUGAUUUGCAUCACAGUCAUUUGUCUCUAUUGAAUACUCAACACCAUCCGCAUCACCACCAACCGCAUCAAAAGCAUUCCUUGCAACAUCACACAAAUGUCCCGUCCUAUAUUCGAGAUGAUCACAAUGGAAACGAGCACCAACAUUUACACCAUUCGCAUCACCAAGAACAACAAUCCAUGGCUGGUCUUAGCGAGAUUACCAUUUGCAAACAUGAGGAUAUGCUACUACAGGACCCUGAAUCUCUGAUACUCCAUCAUCAACAUAAUAGUACGAAUCUUCUGGAAAACUUCCGCAACGAUUUAACUCAUGGGAAUCUACUGCAUAUUGGGCAAGGACCGCUCAAUUCUGACGAUCUGUCGCGCCUUAUGCCAACCGAUGUUUACUCCACAACUACCCCAAUACCAACCUCAACAAUUUCAAUCCGUCCUUGCCAGCUUACGCCAACCCCCACAUCUGUAUCGAUAUCAUCCUCAAUUACUGCAAGUCGUAAGCGGAAGCUUUCCCAACCAGAUGUUAGUGGCGCAUCCCUUGUGAAGCCUGAACCAAGUUCAUCCUUAAGUCCAAUGUGUCACCAACAUUUGGAUCAAGCAGAUUCGCCUAUAAGCUCGACACUUCAGAAUUUGUCGUUACCAUCUUGCACCCCAGAGGCUUCCAAUGCAGGAUCAAAUAACAGUAUUGGUGAUAUCGGGACCGGACAAAACCCAGAAACUACUGGAGGUGGCGGUGGAAGUGGUAGUAGUUCCAGCGGCGAGCCAUGUCCUCUUCAGUGUAUACGAUUUAGUCCGUUCCAGCAGCAGAACUGGCAUAUCCUGUGUAAUCAGUCACUUCAGGAGCUACCCCUUCCUUACUAUAAUGUUGACGCUGACAAGGGUUUCAAUUUCUCGAAUUCUGAUGAUGCAUUUGUUUGUCAAAAGAAGAAUCACUUCCAGAUUACAUGUCAUGCGAAGCUACAUGGAAAUGCAGUGUUUGUAAGGACAUCAUCUGGAUUGGAGAAAAUCAAGUCCUUUCACUUGCAUUUCUAUGGAGUGAAAUUGGAAGCGCCAAAUCAUACGAUUCGAAUUGAACAGAGCCAAUCGGAUCGUUCGAAAAAACCAUUCCAUCCAGUUUUGAUCGAUCUACAAAAUGAUGUUGUUAGCAAAAUUACGGUGGUUCGAUUGCAUUUCUCUGAAACGACCAGCAAUAAUAUGCGGAAAAAAGGACGACCAAAUCCUGAACAAAGAUAUUUUCAACUAGUUGUUGGCCUACAUGCCCACACCCAUUCCGGACAUUUUCCAAUCAUUAGUCAUGGGAGUGAAAGGAUCAUUGUUCGCGCUUCAAAUCCUGGACAAUUUGAAAGUGACGUUGAACUUUGCUGGCAAAGGGGCGUCACCCAGGAUUCGAUUUUUCACGCAGGACGCGUUGGAAUUAAUACAGAUCGUCCAGAUGAGAGCCUUGUAGUGCAUGGUAAUUUGAAGGUAUCAGGACAUAUUGUACAGCCAAGUGAUAGCCGAGCAAAACAGGAGAUCAAGGAGCUGGACACAUCUGAACAAUUGAGGAAUCUUCAGAAGAUUCGAAUUGUAAAAUAUAGAUAUGAGCCAGAUUUCGCAAUUCAUAGUGGUCUUAAAGAUGAGGACGACGAUGAAGAGAUCAUUGACACCGGUGUUAUUGCCCAGGAAGUAAGGCAAGUGCUACCAGAUGCUGUUCAGGAAGCUGGAAAUAUUGUGCUAUCGAAUGGUCAAGUUAUUGAGAAAUUUCUCCUUGUGAAUAAGGAUCGAAUUCUUAUGGAAAACAUUGGUGCAGUCAAGGAGCUUUGUAAAGUAACUGGAUCACUUGAAACACGUAUCGAGCAAUUGGAAAAAAUCAAUUCUAGAUUGAUUCGAAUUCAACAACUUGAUCGCGACCCAAAUGGUUCGACACCAAAAUGUAAACACAUUUUCGAUGAUGAUGAUGAUGCCGCUGAGGAAAUAUGUUCGAAUAAGACCAUUCAGAAAAUCAUCAUAAUUCUAGUUAUCAUCAUGGCAAUAUGUUUACUGGCGAUUUCGGCCCUAUACUUUGUGGAACACCGUCAACAUUACAUGAGUACAAGUGCUUCGGCAAUCUUAUCUCGUGAACAAAUCUACAACAGCAACAUAAAAAAGCAGUACCCUUCAGAUAGGCAACAUCAAUACCAUUAUCCACAACAGGAUCAGCAACAUAGCCUGCAACAGGAAGAGAUAAAAACGCGCUUCGGAACGAAUUAUCCUAUAGGCGCGGGUGACAUACUAGGCAAUGAUGUUGACGAAUAUCUAGUUGCUAUGAAAAAGGAUCAAAAAACAUCUGCAACAACAAUGAUCAUAAUAAAUAACAAUCAACUUCCUAUUGGACCAGAUUAUGAUACCGAUAGCCUGGCACCUGCACCGCCUGGUGAUGAAACCUCUUCUGAAAAAAUCUCUGAGAUGAACAUCAGUAACUUACCACCGAAUUCCUUUGAGGGAGAGCGUAUUAAAAAGGUUGUAAAAGGUAAAUCAAAAUCGUCCUUGGCACAGUCAAGUGGUGGUAGUAGCAGCAGUGGUGCCACGAAUGGGAAUGCAAAGAAAUCACAAUAUCAACAAUCGGCCCAGCAUUCGCAACAGGACCUUCGCGUCCAACAGACUCAACAAGUUCAUGUGGGCACAAACGAACAACAUAUUGAUAAUAAGAACCAUCAGGAUGCGGCGGCCGAGGAUCAAGAUUUGCAGUAUUUGAGUAAUAAUAAUGAUUCAGAUGACCAGUUCUCAGUGGAAAAUACGGUCCAGGCUAGUGGUAGCAACUUCGUCGUUUUAAAUAGGACAAUAAGUGCAAUCCCGAUUGGUGUUCCUUCACUUUGUCAAAGUGUGAAAACAGAAACAAUUGAGUGUCAGUCAGUAUGCUGCGAAGAAUCCAAUCGUUUAUUGGAUUCCAUCGAUUUCACAGACACCAAUCCGAAUCUAAAUCGAACCACAGGCAGUGGAAAUGGAAUGGCAACCAAUAGCGCUAAUGAGAAGGACACCUUCCUUUCAAAUACGUCCACAUCCUCACUUUGUACCUCAUCAACGGGCUUGCAACCGAACAAUAAAGUUGAUUCAAAUCCACCAUUGCAACCAUUGUUAAAUGAAAGACACAAUCAUCAAGCCCCACCCUUUGAGGUAGGACCUACAAUAGAGGAAACAGGCACAAUCCUGGAAGAGCAUGAACAGGCUUCUAAGUUGAAGCGUAAGGCAUCUUCAGCAUCUGGAUCUGAUCCGAUAACUGAUGUCGUGGAUUUGGACUUACUUGUUGACGGAGAGGGUCAGAAUAGCAAUCGAAAUGUGACCUUAAACAAUGAUUCCAACCGACCAACGUCGAGUGAUAAUUGUUAUCCAAUUAUCUUCUUCAUACGAUCUGAAUCCUUUAAUACGUCCGCUGGGAAGGAAGUUAUCUGUUUGAAUGCAGAAAGACGCCAGAAUAUCAUCUACACUAUACCAAUAUCAAAGUAUAUGCGAGAGACCAAACUGGAAUUUCAUUUCUUUGGUCCGAAUACUCUACAAUGGAGCCUUUGUACUAGGAAGGAAGGCACAGCAACAGGCAGUGUAGGAUCCGGCGGGGGUUAUCUAAAAAAGUCACCGCCCAUCGUCUCGGACAGUGGUAACAAUAUUGACGAUAAUGGGGGUAUAUUCCAGUUGAGUCCUAGCAAAUCUAUAUUUCAUCUCCACUUACCAAGCUAUGGAUAUUUCGAGAAGAGGUUCGAAUUGCGUGCCGGUUUUGAUGUUAAGAGUACAUGUCAAGACCAGGUUGACGAAUCUAGUAAUCUGCUACAGUACAACAUUAGAGUUUUUAGGGAUUGCGAUUAGAGUUUCUUUAGGUGAUUUAUUUCGGUUUUCUUUCCUUUUAUACCGCAUGUAUCUACAAUUCUAAGCUUCCAUUCAAGGAUAACAGUUGAAAUUAAUAAAACAUCGUGAUCCCUUUUCUCUCUCUUCCUUUUCUCUUUAGUCAAAUCUCAAUAGUCCCUCCCUUACUAUUUGGACUCUACAACAUUUUAUUAGUGAUACACAUUCCAUAUAAGAUUUUAGACAAUAAGAAGAUUACUCUAGUUUGUUUUAAUAUUUUCUGGAAGUCUUUUAUAUUACACAAAAGUACGUCGGAUUUUCAGGACUUUCUCUUCUUGUCAUAUUCUAUCCAUGGUAAACACGUACAUAGCAAAAAGGCGCUUAACAAUAAAUACCAUGAUGCUGCGGUGUUAGUUUCAGGAUCUCGAUCUCGUGCCCUGGGUUCGAAUUCCACCACGGUCAUGGAUGCUUGUGAUUAUUUAAAGGGGAUAGCAUAGUAGAAUGGGUCUGUCCGUGCAGCUAAGCUCUCCUCGUUAUAUACAAAGAAAGUACAUGAUCGACCGUCGUUCUUGGUGUUUGUCCUGGCACACAGGGUAGUUAUUGUAAGGCGUUCAAAAAGUGAAAUGUAUGUGAAUUAAGUUCUAGAUACUUUCUUAAAAAUUGGAUAAUUUUUGUAGAGAUCGUAUUUGUACAGUAUAUAUAUAUAGUGAAGUAGCACUAGUUGAAAAAUGCCGUCAAAAAAUCCUAGAAAGCUCAUGCUAUAUGCAUUUUUUGCAUAAAGCAUAUAUAAACAAAUGUAUAUGUAUUUUUAUUGAAUUGACCUUGUGAGGGUACAUCUACAUUUUUGUAAGACAAUGAUUUAAGAUACAAGACAUCAGUCAGAAUCAAGAUCAAGUAAAAAUUAUAUUUUUUGACAGUGUAAACUUGGAAUAAUCCUCAAUGUUCACACGUCAUAAACAGUGUAUUUAUAACCUAGAUCCUGGCAACUAUAUAAUGAAAUCAUUUUCAUCUUUUCUGUAAUAAAAAAAUCAAUGAAAAUGAUGCAAAAUUUAAUGUGAACGGGACAAAGGCUGAAGAAAAAGAAGAACGUCGUUUAAAGUCGACACAAUCAAAGGAUUUUGUCCUUUUUUAUUUGUUAAUUUUUAUGUUUGUCCCAUGUCCUGUGUUUAAUUGAUAGCAUUAAAUCAAAUAAAGAAUAUACAAAGUAUACAGAAGUACA